AUGAUUGAAAAUAAUGAAACAUCAAGAAACUUUCUUGGGGGUGAGCAAGUACUGAAUUCGAACCAAGUGAUAUUAUGCGGAAAAAUACAAUUAGAAAACGUAAGUUAAUUUUAUUUUUACUCAAUAAUUUUGAUUACAUACUUUAUCUAUGUAUUUUAAAAAUGUAUAUAUAUAUAUACUAUAACGUAUAGUAUGUUUAUGAUUUACAGGAUCCAAACAUGAUCAUAAAAUGCUUGGUCAUACAGUCAUCAAACAUAUCAGAAAUGCUCCACGAAGUAACCUGCAAAUUGUCUAAAGUUAAAAUUAAUGAAGUUUCAUUUAAAUUAGCUAAACAAAAUCUUGCAAACAUUCAGUUGCAUUGUUGUUAUUUAUGAAUAGGUAUAUACUGGAUAAUUGGUUACUCUCAUGAGUAUGUGACACGUAGAAAUUCUAAGUUUCAAAAAUUAAAAAAUUUUUAACUGCUCGAAAUAAUAAUUAUUAAGUUAGUACAUUAUUUAAACUAUUGGCAUCAUUAAAUUAUCUUCAUCUAUGACAAAUAUCUAAAUACAUAAAAGUCCGUGUCCUAGUGGUCAAUAAUCAUUCAUUUAUAAUUGAAAUAAUAAUUUUAAAGAAAUUUUUGUGAAAAAAAAAUCAAUUCAAACUUAUUGAGCUUGAAUAUCUAAUGUUACAUAACCUAUCAUAAUUACUAAGUUAUGUUUUCAUCAACUUUUAACCAUUUUAAUAUGUUUAUAAAAAUUACAUUGGAAAUAUAAAUGAUCUUUCUUCCACAGAUAUUAAGUGCCAAUGGAACAGACUUAAACAACCAUCACUGAAACAAUACAAACCACUACCUAUAAGUAUAUAGUUUGUAAUUUUUGAUCAAAUCAUUUCUUAUAUUACAGAUAAUUUAUUUUGUUUAAAUAAAUUAUUAUCUUAUGUGUUGGGUGACUUUGUUGUGUGAAAUGGCUGACUCCAAGUUCUAAUGUGAAUAUUGUAUCUAACCAGAUUAACUUUAUCAGGUAUGGGUAUUUACCUACAUAUUUAUUUAAUUUAAAUUACAUAUGUUAUUUUGUAAUAGGUAAUUCUAUAUUAGUUCAUUAAUAAAGUUGUGAUUACCUAUUACAUCAUAAUAUAUUAUAAUGUUAUUAAAAAAUCAAUAUAUAAGUAGGUUAUCUAUUGUACAUCUUAUUACAAAAAUCUUUUUAAAUUUUAUACUUUUAAACUUAUUAUAAAUUUUAUUGUAAUUGUUACAUAUUUUUCGAUGGAAAUAUAAAGAAUGCAAAUUAUUUGUACCCGUUUCUUAAUCAUUAUUUAAAACUAAAAUUUAUUUAUUUCACUUUAGAAAUGAGUUCAUCAAAGUGGCUAAAAAAUCGUCUUUAGCAGUGCAUGCCAGAGGUAGAACAUAUACUCUAGAUAUAAAUGAUGAAAAUUUAAAUUCAACAGUUGUAAAUUUAUUCCUUAUAAUUGAUCAUGAGCUCCUAACUAUAGCAGAAGAAUACCUUGUUUUGAACUUAUGAGAUUAUUGAUUAUUGUAUGAAAAUAAUUUUACUAAGUACAGUAUUAUAUUUAUUAGAAUAAAAAGUCUAUAAGACAAAUUUUUUUGGCAUAGCAUAAGGCAAUUCAGAAUAACUAGUAAUAGAUGCUAUCAAUUAUACAUAUAUGGAAAGAGUUAGAGAUCUGAUGAUGAAUGGGCUACUAAAUUUAGCAAGUAUUUUUGGUCACUACCAUUGAGUAAUAAAUUUGUGGAACAUGGUAUCCAAUAUGAAUUAACAGCUAGAGAGUUGUACAUUCAAAAUACUGAAUAUGUUGUAGUAUUAAGAGGUUUAAUUUCAUCUGACAAAGUUCCUUGGAUAGGAUAUUCCCCAGAGGGUGUUAUACUAAAUAAUGAUAAAAUUCCUAUUAAAAUGUUAGAAAUCAAAUGUCCAUUUAAAGGGAGUUCUAUGGGUUUGAUAGACUUAUUAAAUAAUCUUAAUUAUAUUGUUAAAGGUAUUGAAGGUCAAUGGUUACUCAAGAAAAAGCAUGCUUACUGUUGUCAAAUUCAACUAGGUAUGCUUGUUUAA